AUGGCGGAUUCCGAAUCCUCCAGCCUCAAAGGCAGUGGUAGCAGGUCGCGCCGCGCCUGGACGGUCUCAACAGAGUCCGAAGCAAUGGAUAGCUCCGGUCGAAGCAAUGGUGGCUCUUCGGUCGAUUCUAACGAGCGACCCAAAACUCAAGGAGGUGAAGCUCCCGACUCCGCAAAGGCUGGCUCCAGCGGUUUCUCCAAGCUCAUCAGCUCGCGUCGGCGACGGAAGAAGAAGAACAACAACGGUGAUGCAUUAGCCGAUGCACAGCCGGUACCAGCCGUUGUCACGGAAGAGGACCUCCAGCCAAGCCGGUCCAAUGAAUCUCGCAAUAGCAAUUCCGGCGUCCCGUCAUCCAACGCCAGCUCGAUCAUGCCGGAAGGCGAGGUCAUCAAUCUCUUGACCGAUGAUUCUGAACCGGAGCGAACUCCGCCGCUUACCUCUCACAACUCCCAUACGGGUUUCUAUACCUCCUCCUCCCCGCUCAUAAAAACAACUUCAGUUGAUGCUGGAGACACGGAAUCAACGCAAGCGGAUAUCGAAUCUGCGGUCAGCGGCCCAAGUGCGCCUGGGUCCGACUACACUCCUAGUGAGCCUCUCGAUAACUCCUCGAGACCAGGGACCCGGUCGAGCAUGACGCUGGAUGUUCCAGCGGAUACAAGCAGCAGCAGCCGCCGCAGUAGCUCGCCCGGGAGACGGUUCAAGGAUGCUUUUAGCUCGUCGGAUAAGAAAAACGCGAACGGGAAUGAUGAUGCUUCAGCCAAAUCAAACGGCAGUCGAAGUGGGCGAAGCUUUUUUAGCAGUCGACGGAGCAGUCUAUCUGCCAAACGGGCCCAGGCAACACCGGAGGCGCCCCCGCCAUUACCUCUCGCUAUUCGCACCGAUCUGACAGAGGAUAAGCCUCGUGAAAAAUCAUUAGAGGCGAGUCCGUUACCAAACACCCCUCCACGUACCGCGAUUCCGGCGCCGGCAACUACGGUCACACCUCCAACACCCACGGAGUACCAUCCACCCAUUCCUCAGGUUAUGUCGGAAAUCAUAACAGAUUCGCCCGAGUCUAUCAAGUCCCGCAAUUCAUUGUCGGGGGCGGAAGCCGGCAUCACAGUGAGCCCCUCUGGCAACAUGAUAUCACACCGGAGGGUUCGAUCUGCCUCCGCGGCACACGGUCCUAGCAAGCUGUCUACAUCGGUCUCUGCACUGAGCCCCUUGGAAGAGAGCAAGUCCCCAAAGAGUGGAUCGAAUCAGCAAAGCGGCUUCUUCUCAUCUGUUUUCUCCGUGGCCCAGAAUGCGGCAACUUCGCUGAGUAACACACUCAAUUCUCAGCAAAGGAGCCGUACGAUCUCUCAGGCUCCGAUUCCCAGCGUCGACAACUCCCCGGCAGACGAGACUGAUCAAGCUUCAGACGCAGCCAAGAAAGGUGAAGAACAAAAACCAUCUACGGUGGAGACUCUUGGCACUGGAGACUUGAACUUCAGCCAUUUGGGUAUCGACGCCGCGUCUGGCGAUGUGGUUUCCUCUGCCGACGGCGCGGUCGUCACAAAGCCAGCAACACCAGUGGAUAGGCGGAAGAAUACCGCUGUAUAUCAGCGGGAUGAAGAGGCAGCGAAGCUUGAAGAUGUACGGGCGGCCCGUGCUGUCAACAUGGCCUACGAAAAGCUCGAGUCCUCUGCAAUCGGUGCUCCUAGUGACGAUGUUCUGGAUCUCCAGUCGACAGUGUCUUUGCCAAAGGAAGGCACAAUGACUGGUGAUCAAACCCCUCCCAGUGGCAGCGUUUUGGACGGGGACAUUGGCAGCGGCGGUAUCAAGCGGAGUGGUAGUGUGCGCAGUAGACUUGCUCGCCGCCACCGAGGCUCUUCUGGGGCAACGGCUUCAACAAUUGGUGCAAUUGGUGUCAAUGCCCUGGCCCUCGGUAUCCCUGGUGUUAAUACCAGUGUGCCUCGCCUAACGGGCUUUGCCGUUGCGAGCAAGAAGCGCAACAGGGAUUUCCAUCAGUUGUUCCGAAGCGUCCCCGAGGAUGACUAUUUGAUCGAGGACUACAGCUGCGCUUUGCAACGUGAGAUUAUCCUUGCUGGUCGCAUCUACAUCUCUGAGGGUCAUAUCUGUUUCUCUAGCAACAUUCUUGGAUGGGUGACUACUCUGGUUAUCAGCUUCGAUGAGAUUGUGGCUAUCGAGAAAGAGAAUACGGCGAUGGUCUUCCCUAACGCAAUUGCUAUUCAAACUCUACAUGCUCGCCAUACCUUCCGAAGUUUACUUAGUCGCGAGUCGACCUAUGAUCUUAUGGUCAACAUCUGGAAAAUCAAUCAUCCAUCUCUCAAGAGCUCUGUCAACGGGACGCGGGUAACCAAUGGAACUGGUGACAAGACUGAGAAGGUGGGAGAAUGCGACUCAGAAAGCGACACCUCUGACGAGGAUGAGAUUUACGACGAGGAUGAAGAAGGCGACAAUGCUGAUAGCUUCUUCGAAGCUGGACCCAGUGCCAAUGCGAGCGAGAGGUCACUACCAGCUCGAUCUGGGUUAAGCCGUCAAACCUCGGGUCUGCUAGCCAACGCGACGGCGCCACCCGCUGGAGCAAAUGGGAACGGCGAGGGGAAGAAUGGCGACAAGGCGGGUGCCUCUAAGGAAGCUAACUUCCCUGGUCCAGCAAUGCAUGCACCCACCGAAUACACCGAGGCCGACGGGCAGUACGAAAAGGUCAUCAAGGAUGAGAUCAUUCCAGCGCCGCUCGGAAAGGUCUACUCUCUUGUCUUCGGUCCAGCAUCUGGCGAAUUCAUCACAAAGUUCCUCGUGGAAAACCAAAAAUCAGGCGAAUUGCAGUUUGAAGGUACUGCAAAAGGCCUGACCAAUGAAAGCCGGAUUAGGAAAUACUCCUAUAUCAAACCCCUUUCUGGCUCUAUUGGUCCCAAGCAAACCAAGUGCAUUAGUACUGAGAACCUGGACUUUUUGGAUUUGGAGAAGGCCGUCCUCGUCACUCUGAGUACUCAAACCCCCGACGUGCCUAGCGGCAAUGUUUUCGCCACAAAAACCAAGUACCUUUUCACCUGGGCCGCCGGUAACCAAACCCGCUUCUUGAUGACCUGUAACAUUGAGUGGACAGGCAAGAGCUGGCUGAAAGGGCCUAUUGAGAAGGGCGCGAUCGACGGUCAAACCACCUUCGGCACCGAGCUUGUGAAGGCUCUUAAGGUCGGCGUUGUCCCUCGCGGUCGUACCAAUGGCGCCGGCAAGGGCAAAGGUCGCCGUAAGAAGGGCGAUGCUGCGUCCAGCGAUGAGGCCGCGGGUGCCUCUUCGAACGCAGCUGCGGAUACCACCUCGAGCAAGACGGAAUCCUGGGGUCUGUUUGAACCGGUUCGCCCUCUACUCGAGCCAGUGACUAGCAUGCUCAAGCCCCUAUGGAGUGGAAACUUUGCCAUUCUAUUUGUGGGAAUUUUGCUCUAUAUGGCAUUCUUCCGAUCUCCAUCUACUUCAUCCAGACUCGGCCACGAUGUGGGUUUCACCGGGCUCAGCCUUCCUCAGCGGCUCGCUGCAUAUGAAGAAAUGUGGCGACGUGAGGAGAGCGAGCUGUGGAACUGGUUGGAGGACCGAGUAGGUAUGGAUGGAAUGGCGUUCCCAGUCCUUCACCAUGGCGCACCAGACGCCGAUGCAAGCCGUCGAAGCCCCCGAGUCAGCCCAGCAGACGAGCGUGAUCUCAUUGCCCGGCUACGCGAGGAGCAGGUUUCUGAUCGGGAAAUGGAUCACGCUAUUCGGACCACACGUCAGCGUCUUGACACUCUCGAGCAGAUGAUGAGCAACCGCAAGGCGGAGCGAAUGCCUCCUGGAGAGCCCGUUCGAAGCGAGCUUUAG